AGAGGACGUGGAUGCAGCCUUCGUCAGCCGGGAGCUGCUUCCCACAGAGAAUCCGCUGGCCUAUCAAGGCAUGGGAAGGCUCACUUUCAGUGGACUUCUGAAUGCUCUGGACGGAGUGGCAUCUUCAGAGGCCCGAAUUGUGUUUAUGACAACUAAUUUCAUUGAGAGACUUGAUCCAGCUCUUGUCCGACCUGGCCGUGUGGAUCUGAAGCAGUAUGUGGGCUACUGCUCUCACUGGCAGCUGACUCAGAUGUUCCGGAGGUUUUACCCUCAGGAGUCUGUAGUUGAGGCUGAGCGGUUUGCCGAGCAAGCGCUGGCAGAACACCCAGAACUCAGCGCCGCUCAGGUGCAAGGACACUUCAUGCUCUAUAAGACAGACCCGGCUGGCUCCAUCAAAAACAUUGCAGAGAUGAAGGAGUGAAGACUAUACAGGCAUUACAGACUUUUGUAAGAUGCAGACUGAGCAACAGGCGAGUGAUUUACAGAAUGAAUGAAUCAUUCUUUGAAAUGUACACCUGGAUAAAGGCUUGCUACACACUGAAGUAAUAAAA